AAUCAAACUUAGCACACUGUCAACUUGCAAAAUGUGGGUGAUAGUGCAUUAACCGCUUCCUUGAUUCUGAUCAGACAACAUCAAGACAAGGACACAAACUAGCCUGAAACAAUCAAGAAGAAGACAUCGCACCAUUGCGAAGGCGAAAAACAAUGAUUUGCAUCUACAUGAUCUUCACUGCGCUGGGAACAGCAGCUUUGGCUAAAGCUCCAGUGUCAAAGCCUGCUGUGUCUCAGACGUGUCUGUCACCAGAACAGAUGAUCAUCAGAUGCUCCUCUGAGGGAGAUGAAGUAGAGUUCACUUUGACCUUGGAUGGUCUCUUACUGGUGCGGACCAGAAACCACAGCCAGUCCCAGACAAACUGGACAGCAAACAUGAAGCCACUGGCUGGGAGUGAAGCUGAACACAAAGCCAGCAGUUCAAAUGUUACCAUCAGCUUACCUGGUCAACUGACAGGAAGCUUGAAGUGUCAUGUUGGGAACAAAGUCAGCAGAGACGAAACAGUCGUUCACCUGACAAGCUGUGCAGGUUCCAUUUCUCACUUGUCUCUCUUGGCUGUGGCUGUGAUCGUGAGUGUUGUCACUCUGCUUCUGCAUGCGGCUUUGUUUCUUUGCAUCAAACAUUUAAACAAGAAAAGAAGACCAACGACUGUCACUGAAAAAAACCCUGAAGAUGAAAUUGUCUACGCAGAUGUGAAGGUGAUGAAGAAAACCAGACCCAAUUUGCAUCAAAAUUCAAAUUAAUUUUCUCCUAAAAGAUUAUUCAUCUUAGCCUCUAUUUAAACAACAAAAAUGAAUCCCUGACUUUUUGUCUUCAACAAGUAAAAGUAAUUUUCCCUGCCAAAUAAGUAAACAUAAAUAACAUAAUGAUUUAACUGUUAUUAACUGCUAUCACUGGAUAUUUGUCAACAUACCUACUGGACAUUUCUACUUGAUUUCAGAGCUGCCAGUUAAGAGAUUAAAUUUGUUGUUCAUGCACUGACGCACUUCCUCCUGUAAUAGCCUUUUGUGUUUUCAGUUCUGUUUCUGUGUUAUACCAAAAGAAACCCUCAAACCAAGGUUAAAUAUAUAAGUGUUAAUGAAAAACAACAUUGUAGUCUGGGACAGAGAGGUUAAGGUUAAGUUUUGCUUUGCUUUGUAAUUACUCAGAGACCUAACAAUUUAAAAGUGGAGCUCAUGGGUGACAUUUGGAAAAUCUGCAGUCUCUCGCUUUGACUGUUGUGGUUAUUGACGUUUGAGAUGUCAAUAAUGUAGUGAUUAUUACUGACCACAAGAUGGAGUCAAAUGCCUUCACAAAUAACACAAUAAUGGUGAAGAAAGGAACUCACUGUAAUUUUUCUUUGUCCCUGGCAACCUCUUGUUCAUUUUGUGUGGCUGGUGACUUCCAAUCCCUAAAAGCUGUUCUCCUGUCUUUAACCAUGAACACAGUCCUGCCCUAAACCUUAAUCAAGCAUUUUGCCAUUGCAGCCAUUUUGUUUUUUCAUUAGAACAUCUUGGCACGUUCAGGGCACCUGGUGGCAAACCCAACUCUGACAAUUCAUUUAUAUUUAUUUAAA